AUGUCAUCCAAGGACUACUUUUACGCGGAGAAUUACUUCGACUACGCGGUUCAGCUGCGUUCGCUCAACAACUACACCAGCGAGCCGACUCACAUCGGUCACUGGAGCUCGUUGACUCGCCUCGUCCUGGUGAUCCUGACGCGCAUCGGCUUCGUCCUCGUCCAGGUCGGCAGCGUGCCGAUCAACAACGUCAAUCUGAUCCUCCUGCAGAAUGUGGUCGACCUGUGUUGCGUCACCGUCAUGUACUUCCUCACCGGUUUCCUCAUCGCCUACAGUGGCAACCUAGUCGGUGUAAUCGAUCAGGCUCGCUGGAUCGGCGAUCCGACGAUCGACAAGGACGAAGCGAUCACAGGCUGGCAAGCGGUGACGGUCGCUUCGGCCAUUUGCACCACUGCCGUCGUCGGCAGGAUGCACACUUUGGGCUACCUGUUGAUGGGUGUCGUCCUGGCGGGCUUGACACAGCCGCUGCUCAUCCACUGGGCCUGGACCACUAACGGGUGGAUGACUGAGAGCGAUCUGGCCGAUAAGAGAGUCAUCUUCAAGGAUUACGCUGGCGCGGCUGUGGUUCACGUCGUCGGGGGUCUUUCCGGUCUGAUCGGUUGCGUCGUCCUCGGCAGGAGAAUGCUCAGAUUGAGGGACCUGGAUGACGCGAGUAUCAGCGCCGGUUCUGCCGGUACCGUUUUCGCGGGUCUGUUGCUGGUCCUCGUCGGACUGCAAGGCUUGUGCAAGAGCGCGUACAGUCGCGACAGGUACCGCGUGCUUGAGCGAGACCCGUCGCACGCGUACGUCAACAAUCUGUUGGCCGCCUCCUCGUGUUCGCUCCUGGUCGUCGCUCUGCACUUCGUGCUCAGCCGGGAAGCCUUCAAUCAUUGGACGGUGAUGCGCUGCGUCCAGGGUACGAUCGCCGGUGUGGUCGCGGUGUCAGCCGCGGCGAACGAUUACUCUCCGCAAGCAGCGGUCGGCUUGGGCUGUCUGGCGGGUGUCGUGUUCUACCUGAUCUCCAGACAGGUGUUUCACAGCGCCCUGGAGGACUACUGCAACGUGGUGGCUGUACACUUAGGCUGCGCGAUCUUCGGCAGCCUCGCGGCGCCGAUCUGCGCCGCGCGAGCCGACGAGGACGUCACGACGAUACUGUUGAACCUGUCCUGGCAACUGAUCUGCCUGGUGACCCUGUUGACUCUGGUCGGGGCGACGAUGCUGCUGCUCUUCGGCGUGCUGCAGUGCUGCGGUAUACUCCGCAACCGAACGGAAUGCUUGAAUCAUGUGCGGGCCAACGCCGUGAUUGACAGGGGCCCGCCAAGGUCGUUCCUGCAGAGAUUCUUCUUCCCCGACAGCGGCUGCCUUUAUCUGCAGCCGGGCUCAACCGGGCGUCAGCCGAGCGUCGGCUCCAGAUUCUGGAAAUAUCAGGCGGAGAUCGACAAGCUCGAGGGCGGCAGGCCGAUUGCGAACGUCGACCCUGAGGAUAACUUGACGCAGGUGCAAGCGCCAGGAGCAAGGGUGAAAAAGACGAGGCAGGUGCAUACUUUGUCCACGAGUAUUCCUGCGCCCGUGGAGGAACAAGGUGGUAUCGGCGAGUCGGUCAACCUGCCGGAGACUGGGAAGAAAUUAUUCCUCGGAAGAGAGAUCAAGCACAGUCUGGACCCCAUCAUUGAGGAAAUGGACGAGGAGGCCUCGAAGGAGCUCGAGGUUACGGAGAGCAGCUACACCGGAGGGGACAUAGGCUCAAUUCGGACGGAAAAUCUGAGCACGCUCGCGGAAUCCAAAAACCCGAGGAAUUAUCAGCUUCGUCGAACUGAGAAACUGACGAAUCUGCAUCGCGAAUUUAUCCGGGAGGACUUGAAAGUCGUGCUGGAGCCGAGACGGGUGGACUCCGAGACGUCCAGCGACUCGUGCGACGAAGACGGUUGCAUCGGCAGGACUUGA